GGCCGCCCGGCAGCAGCAAGCUCCGCAACCCCAGCGGCAGCCGCCGCCGCGGCGCCUACGGCCGGAGGACGGCGGCCCGGGCGCCGCCUCCACCUCGGCCGCUGCCGCCGCCAUGGCGACUGUCGGGGAGCGCAGGCCCCUGCCCAGUCCAGAGGCGAUGCUGGGACAGUCGUGGAAUCUGUGGGUCGAGGCUUCGAAACUUCCUGGGAAGGACGGGACGGAAUUGGACGAAAGUUUCAAGGAGUUUGGGAAAAACCGUGAAGUCAUGGGGCUCUGUCGCGAAGACAUGCCAAUAUUUGGUCUCUGUCCGGCCCAUGAUGAUUUCUACUUGGUGGUGUGUAACGACUGUAAUCAGGUUGUCAAACCCCAGGCAUUUCAAUCACAUUAUGAAAGAAGACACAGCUCAUCCAGCAAGCCUUCUCUGGCCGUUCCUCCUACUUCAGUAUUUUCCUUCUUCCCUUCUCUGUCCAAAAGCAAAGGCGGCAGCGGAAGUGGAAGCAGCCGGUCUUCCAGUGGAGGUGUUCUGAGCACAUCCUCAUUAAGUUCCAAGUUGUUGAAAUCGCCCAAAGAGAAACUGCAGCUCAGGGGGAACCCCAGGCCCAUGCAGUCCUUUCAGCCAAGUCGAGUCCCCCAUGGUAGAAUCAUGACGCCCUCUGUCAAAGUGGAAAAGAUUCAUCCAAAAAUGGAUGGUGCACUACUGAAAUGUGCAGUGGGGCCCACCUGUCCUGCUACUGUGAGUUCCUCAGUCAAGCCUGGCCUUAACUGCCCCUCAAUACCAAAGCCAACCUUGCCUUCACCUGGACAGAUUCUGAAUGGCAAAGGGCUUCCUGCACCACCUACUCUGGAAAAGAAGUCUGAAGAUAAUUCCAAUAACAGGAAAUUUUUAAAUAAGAGAUUAUCAGAAAGAGAGUUUGAUCCUGACAUACAUUGUGGGGUCAUUGAUCUUGACACCAAGAAGCCCUGUACCCGGUCUUUGACAUGCAAGACACAUUCCUUAACCCAGCGGAGAGCUGUCCAGGGCAGAAGAAAGCGAUUUGAUGUGUUAUUAGCCGAGCACAAAAACAAAACCAGGGAAAAGGAAUUGAUUCGCCAUCCGGACUCUCAGCAACCAACACAGCCUCUCAGGGACCCGCAUCCCACCCCUCCUAGAACUUCACAGGAGCCACACCAAAACUCUCACGGAGUGAUUCCUUCCGAAUCAAAGCCUUUCAUAGCUAGUAAACCUAAACCUCACACCCCCAGUCUUCCAAGGCCUCCAGGCUGCCCUGCUCAGCAAGGUGGGAGUACCCCCAUGGACCCUUCUCCAGUCCAUGAAUCUCCACACCCUCCCCUGCCUGCUACUGAGCCAGCUUCUCGGUUAUCCAGUGAGGAGGGAGAAGGCGAUGACAAAGAAGAGUCUGUUGAAAAACUGGACUGUCACUAUUCAGGUCACCAUCCCCAGCCAGCGUCUUUUUGCACAUUUGGGAGCCGGCAGAUUGGGAGAGGCUAUUACGUGUUUGACUCCAGGUGGAACCGGCUUCGCUGCGCCCUCAGCCUCAUGGUGGAGAAGCAUCUGAAUGCGCAGCUGUGGAAGAAAAUCCCACCAGUGCCCAGCACCACGUCGCCCGUCUCUACACGUGUUCCUCACCGGACAAACUCGGUGCUGCCAUCACAGUGUGGGGUCAGCUAUCUGGCAGCAGCCACCGUGUCUACAUCCCCUGUCCUGCUCUCGUCCACCUGCAUCUGCCCAAAUAGCAAAUCGGUACCAGCUCAUGGAACCACACUAAAUGCACAGCCUGCCACCUCCGGGGCAGUGGAUCCUGUGUGCAGUAUGCAAUGCAGACAAGUGUCCUCCUCCUCGUCCCCUUCCACGCCCUCUGGCCUCUCCUCAGUGCCCAGCUCCCCCAUGCCCAGGAAACCUCAGAAGUUGAAAUCCAAGUCUUUAAGGCCCAAGGAGUCUUCUGGUAGCAGCAGUAACUGUCACAGCGCCAGUAGCACUAGUACCAGCGGCUCAGGAAAGAAACGCAAGAACAGCUCCCCGCUGCUCGCCCGCCCCUCCUCCUCGUCUUCUCAUUCCAUGGAGUCUUUCAGGAAAAACUGUGUGGCUCCCUUGGGGCCUCCCUACCCCUCAGCAGUACCGGCUUCCCAUGGCAUUGGCCUCAACUGUGUGGCAAAUAAGACGAACUCGGUGAGUGUCCGGCACGACCAGGCAGGGAGGGGCCCCCCUGGAGGGAGCCCCGCGGAGUCCAUCAAGAGGAUGAGCGUGAUGGUAAACAGUGGCGACUCCACGCUCUCGCUGGGCCCAUUCAUCCACCAGGCCGGCGAGCUGCCCAUCAACUCCCACGGCGGCUACUCGCAUGCACACACUCCGCUGGACAAACUCAUAGGGAAGAAGAGGAAGUGCUCACCUGGCUCGGGCAGCGUCAGCAGCGGCACCAGACCCACCAAGGUGCCCCGAUCGCCCGCCGUGAACAACAUGCAUGUGAGGCACACGGGCAGCAGCCCCGGGGCCCCAGCACUGGUGACCAGCUCCCUCCUCCAUCAGCCAAAGGCGCGUCCCUGACAGCUGACAAUAGCCCGGGGAGGAAUAAUCUGGAUGCUUUUGAUGACAAGUUACACCUCCACUCAGCACUCUGGACUCCAUGAUGCCUUUGAGUCUGUUUUCCCAACCUCCUGCGGGCCUCAAGGCUGGAAAUCUGCUGGGCUCUUGUUGUACCGAGGAUUUCCCUGAAGCUCUGUCUGUAGCAGUGAGUACUCCUAAAGGACACUGGAUCAAGUUGAGCCACCGAAUUGCUUUUCUCAGUGUUAUAGUGGUCUGGACUGCUUGCUACCAAUCUGUGUGAAGUUUUUGUUUUGUUUUUUAACUUGCAGUAUAUCAUGGAGCCACUGUUUGAGUAGAUAUAGGCUGGGCGAGAGAACGUGUUGGGAAGAGCAUCACUGUAGACCUUUCUCCCUGCCCCGCCCCCCACCCCAGCUCUGUUGUACACUGUCUUCUGUAGGUCACUGUCCAGCAGGUAGGGACCUUAACUGGAGGCACCUUCCAGAGGAGAGCACGGCUGCGCCGAGCAGCCCUCCAGAGAAGGCGCCCGUCGUUAGGCCCUGAGCGCAGCGUUCCAGGAAUGGAAGUAGAUGUUAGCGAAGGCACCGUGUUGGCCUGUAUCUUUGCCCAGCCUUUUUUGCAAGUAGUUUGGGAUAAGAAGCUGUCAGACAUUUCUAAGUUACAAACUGGUUUGAAGUCAUUGAUGCCCAGAAAGGAAGUGUACACUGUUUUAGAGGCUUACUUUCCAUGGUACAAAAGCAAUUCUGUGUGUUUAAGACAAGGAAAUACAAAUGCAAACUAGUUUUGAUAAGGGAAAGCCAAAUUUUGGUUGUAGGUGGGUGGGGUGGGGUGGAUGAUACAGGGGAAAAUUUUUUUCUAAGAGUUCCAAAGAGAUGAAAAGUCCCAUGUUAAACAGUGUGGCAGAUGGGGUCGGUUGUCCUGCCCAGUCUCCUGCUUUCAAAAAAUUGCCUUCGAAAAGUGAAAUGGUGAGGAUGCAGCGAAACUCAUUCACAAAGUCACUGCUGUGCUCAAGUGUGCCCCGGCACUCUGCGUCACUUGCCAUGUCCUUGGACACCCUCCUGGGACUCUCUAGAUUCCUGCUUUGAGCAGCGCCUCCAGUGUGUGUCUGCGCUUCUGCCCUGCUGGUAAUUUGGAUGCCCUGGGGUGGGGAGCAGGUACCCAGGGAGGGAAGCUGGCCAAGGUGCGCCAUGCAGAGAUGCUAGGACACAUGCAGUGUCUCCCCAACAUGCCCUCCUGCCUAGUGGUUGGUGCCAGCCGUCCUCCGGGAGAGAGCCUCGGAGCCCCCCCAGGGGCUCCACCCCAAAUGAAAGAGCUUACUGUGUGAAAGCGUCGCUGCUCGAGAAGGUGUCACUGAGUUUGGGGGAUGAGCUGGGGCUUUUUGACAGGUGAUUCCACCUCUGCAGCCGGACAGGGGCACCAGGCGCUUCCGCUCCGUGAACACACAGAGUUGUAGCGCGCAGGGUACAUUCCCCGGGCUCCGAGCAUUACCCUGGGCAGGGCCCGGACAGAGCCGAUCAGUGCAUCCUUUUUUUCUUUACAAUUCUUGGGUUACAAACUUCAAUUUCAGGGAACUUCAAGUCAGCAACAGGUAGAAUGAAUAAAUUCUUGGUUACCAGCCUAAUAAUGUGAAUUGCUACAGAAUUAUUAUUAAGAAGACAAAAACUUUAUGCAGAUGCUUUAGCUAUAAAUUGAUGUAAAAUACUGAUUUUUUUUUUUAAAGGAACGAGGGAGAACAGUAUACUAUUCACUUAUUAUGCAAUCAAUCAGUAAAUGUCUUUAAAAUACUAUAUGAGAGCUUAGUAAGGAGAGAGCAUGGAUGGGCAGUUGGAGGUUUUAGGAGAGACCGGUCUGGUUGGUCCAUCCCAGCGGAGGGCUGGACAGGACGUAGGAGGGACUCAGAACAGACUUAGCUGAUUCCUUGGUGACAAGUGCAAUGGGGAAUGGGUAGAAUUUAUUCUCAGAGCCAAGGGGACUUGAUGGUUAUAAAUGAAGUUGCUUCUAGUGAUGGAAUUUAUAGACAGAUCAUGUCGUUCCAAAAGAUGUGAAUAGGAUCCAUGAUAGCAAGUUUUUUCAGAAUAAUGUAGAUACUUAGAUAAGUGAGUGUUGAUCAUUUGAUUUCUUAGACUGAGGUUUUAAUUGAAUUUCAUUAUGUCUCCCUGUAGUGCACAGAGCAUCGGGAUUAGGAAAUUAGCCAUUUUGGAUUCUGCCUGCCACAAACAGACCUAUUCUAAACAGUGCUAUUUAAAUUUUAGACUGUUGUUCAAAUGUUUUAUUUUCUCCAACAACUACUUUUUAUUGUGAACAAUUAAGACCAUUUAAAACAUGGGGAGUACAAGUAUUUUUUGAAUUAACUUGGAAAAACCAAAUUUGCAGUGGUUGGGUUAUUUCUAGAUAGACUUUGGUAUCAAUUUAAAACCAAGAUAAUUUUUAUAUUCUUUCCACUAGAAUUUCAUGACAACUCCUGCAGUUUUCUUAACCUACAAAAAAAAAAAGAAAAAAAAUGCUGCAAUGAUGAACAAAGAAUUAUACAAAACCUACUUUUGUAUCUUUAUUUUGGAAUUUCUUGUUCUAUUAUAAAUAUGGAAGUAUCCCUAUUUCAGAAGACAUAUUUUGUUAAAAAUGAAUUGUACAUAUUUAAAUAUGUAUUUUUGCACAGGUCUUUUUUUCUGAUAUCCUGUUUUGGUACAAUUGAGAUCAUCUAGUAUUUAUUUAUUAAUUAAUGAAAGUAAAUACCUUUUUAUAAUUUGAAGUGGUUCACUGCCAAGCCAAUAGUUCUAGAACCUGCCUCCUUUACAGUUUAAGGGACGCCUCUGUUCUGUGAAAGUCUCUUUGUCCCUUUUAAUGUCUUGGGAGUGGAUUCAUACAGACACGGUGGCGCUGCUUCCCGUGGUCGCCUGAUCUCCUGAUGGACUACAUGUAACUAAGUGACACACUGCUUUUCUUUGGUUUGUUAUUUUAUGUGCGCGUGUGUAUGUCUGCGCCUGAGUGUGUGUGCGCACUGUGCACACGUGUGUGUUAGUAUGUGAUGUGGUUUAAAACUAAUGGAAAAAAAACUGAAAGUGCCUGAACCUAGUUUUAAGCUUAGACAGAUUCUUUAAAAAGACUUGAAUGUUCAGUUGAACUUUUUUGGAGUUUGCUUUUUCCACCUAAAUGUUGUUUCUAAAAUUUUAGGGGAGGAGUUGAAAGCCACCAACGCUGGCAAUUUUAUAAGGUAUUUCAACAUUAACUCCUUUCGGUUCACAGUCAUUCAGCUGGUGACGGAUGGCCCCGUGGCUCCAGGGGUUCCAGAUCUUGUCAGCCAGCAGCUUACACAAUGUGUCCAUUUUGUUAUUCACUCAUGAAAUUUAGAGCUUAAAAUAGAAUAUUUGAAAUAUUGUUUUCCAAAAAUACAAUACAAAGUACCUCUGAGAACCUUGAAAAAAUGUAUAAUUUGAAAAAUGUAACUUAUAAAGGCAGCUGUCUUCCUGUGAGAGUUCUGUUGCCAAGGAAUUUCUUAAUCUCUCUCAUUCUGUCUGGGGGGGAGAAAGUUGAGCUUUGGAAAUGAUUGUUAAAAGUUUCAUUGUUUCACAGAAAAUAAUCAUUUUUACUUUUUUUUGCAAAACAUUUUACAUUUUCGGAUCAUUCAAAUGAGCACUACAUACUGUCAGUGUGAAUGUAGGGCCUUGAAAGCAUUUGGCUGUUUUGUUUUUUUUAGCUUGGUUAUAAAAGCAAUCUCCUGUGUUGAAAUGUGUGAAUAGUUUGAUAAUUUGUACACAUAAUCAAGAGCAUCUCAGCUGGACUUUGUGUUGGCUGCUGUAUAGAACAUGAACAAAUGUCAAGGGAUAGAAAAUUACUUUGGAUAUUUAAAAGAGAAGAAAUAUAUAGUCUAUUUGUUUUGUAACAAGUUUCUGUAAAUAAAAUAAUUUAUACUAUUUAUAAGAAAAAGUUGUGCUUUGCUUUAUGAGAAAUUAGUUUGUGGAACAUACAUGUUACUAUAAACGGGCAAUAAAAUUAGGACUUUUCAAUAAA